AAGAAAGAUAACAGAAACAGAGAGAGAGGCAAAUAGAAUGUCCUCCUUUAUCUCUACCACUAUUUAUGGACACUUCAACUUCUAACAGUCAACAAAGAGAUUCAUAACGUAUGCUCUAACUUGGAUAUAAUUAAACAGAAAAUUACAAAAAGUUUGCCUUUUUGCCAGCUACUACUAUUUACAGCAGUUAGCUUAAAGGGUUAUCUCUCUUGCAGUCAAGUUUACUCAUUAAUUUAACAAAAGGAUCAGAUUUUAUAUUUCGUGCAACCCCUUUUGAUAAGUUCCAAGCUUUUGUAAGAUUUUCACAAAGGAAAAGGUCUUGUUUGCUUUGUGGGUUAGGUGGAUAAAUACUCUUUUCUUGAAAUUCAAAACUAUUUUUUUUAAGAGAUAGAGGAAAUGGGUUCUUUUGGAAUGCUGGCUAGAAGAGCUGUUCUUACUGAAACACCAGUUAUGGUUCAGAUACAAGAACUGAUCAGAGGUGUUAAAGAUUGUAUUUCUCUAGCUCAGGGUGUAGUGUACUGGCAACCACCUAAGCAAGCACUUGAAAAGGUGAAAGAAGUUAUCUGGGAACCUUCAGUCAGUCGCUAUGGUGCCGAUGAGGGCCUUCCUGAGCUUAGGGAGGCGUUGAUGCAAAAGUUGGGUCGUGAAAAUAACCUGCAUAAAUCCUCAGUGAUGGUUACUGCUGGUGCGAAUCAGGCUUUCGUAAAUGUUGCUCUCACACUGUGUGACGCUGGCGAUUCAGUCGUUAUGUUUGCACCCUACUAUUUCAAUUCAUACAUGUCAUUCCAGAUGACAGGUGUUACCAAUAUUCUGGUGGGUCCUGGUGAUGCAAAGACACUCCAUCCUGAUGCAGACUGGUUGGAGAGUACUCUAAAGAAUACUGUACCAACUCCAAAGCUUGUCAGUGUUGUUAAUCCCGGCAAUCCAUCAGGAACAUAUAUCCCUGAAUCCCUUCUUAAGAGGAUAUCUGAUAUUUGUAAGGAAGCGGGAUGUUGGCUCGUAAUUGAUAACACAUAUGAGUAUUUCAUGUAUGAUGAUCGGAAACAUGUUUGCAUAGAAGCAAACCACAUCGUCAACAUCUUUUCCUUCUCUAAAGCGUAUGGGAUGAUGGGAUGGAGAGUUGGAUAUAUAGCAUACCCAUCAGAAGUGGAAGGGCUCGCAGCUCAACUCCUUAAAGUUCAGGACAACAUACCGAUUUGUGCUUCUAUAAUCUCACAACGACUGGCUCUUUACUCAAUGGAAAUGGGACCAGAAUGGGUAACUGAUCAAGUAAAAGACCUUGUCAAGAACAGAGAGGUGCUUCUUGAAGCUUUAUCUCCUUUGGGAGAGGGAGCUGUUAAAGGUGGAGAAGGUGCCAUUUACCUGUGGGCAAAGCUGCCAGAGAAAUACAUGGACGACUUCAAAGUAGUUCACUGGCUAGCUAAGAAACAUAAAAUAGUCCUGAUCCCUGGAAGUUCCAGCGGUUGUCCAGGUCAUGUUAGGAUUUCCUUCGGAGGAUUGAUCGAAAAGGACUGUCGAGUAGCUGCAGAAAGGCUCAGAAAAGGUUUGGAAGAACUGGUAAAUAGUGGAAUGGUUUCAUCAGAGUAAAAUUUAGCAUCAGCCGGUUCUCCUUGACGCCAGUCAUUCAACAAUACAGUGAAAGACACUUUCUAUCCUUAAUAAUUGAAGGGUUUUAAGUUUUGCAACUUGAUCAUUGGAAAUGCAAGCCAAAACUUGCCAUUCUGUAUAGUUUUAAAUGAAGUAUUCACAGAUACCUAAUUUUCUUAAAUGCAUGAUGGAAGUGUGUCAUUUAUAUCUGA